GUUUCCCACCCUGCGACUGCUCUUCUGCUCUAGGAUGGCUGCCGAGGCACAUGACGGCCUUCAGCGCGAGGUCGAUCGCCGCACGAUCGUCGGUGCGAUUCUCAGUCACGAGCGCGACAGGCUGCAGCCGACUCGGAGGCCGAUGCCGACGGAGGAGGCGCACGUUAGCCAGCGCAGCACCGGUCGUCUGCAGCGGCGAGGCGUGCGCAGCAAAAGGGUGCCCGAUUGGGGGGCCCUCUUUGCCUACCAUCCGCGUCGGCAGCUGAACGCGACGCUCUGCGUCGGCAAGGAUGGCGACGGCUGCCUGGACCGCCUCAGCUCGGGCAAGGGCCAGAAGAAGAGUUACUUUACGGUCCCGCUGCGAGGCUUCUCGCUCGCGCUCGACGAGGCGCCUCGCCUGCCCGCCGCGCUCUCCGCCGCCUCGCCUCGCUCCCCUGCCGCCGAUGCCGGCGCCACGGCGGGCGCUGUGGCGCCGCCUCUGCUGCUGCUCGGGCUGAUCAGCGGCAGCCGCGAGCGGCGCGCGCUGCUGCGCUGUACGUGGCUCAAGCUCGGCGGGGGCUCAGCGGGGCUGCGGGUCAAGUUUGUGGUGGGGCACGGCCGGCCACUCGAGGACAGCGCCGACUUGCUGGUCGUCAACGUGACGGAGGGCGAGCGGAUGCGGAGCGACACGGAUCCGCGCAAUUGCCCCGCCGGGAAGAUUUGCACGGGCUCCGUCGCAACCUAUUGGAAGCUCGCCGCCUUUCUGCGGUACGCGGCCACUCAGCCGGAGCCGAUGAUCGGGCGAGGCGACGAUGACGUCUUUCUCU